AUGCUGUCCUACGGCGUGUUGGACGCCAACGUGGUGGACGUGGAGAAGCGGAGGAACCCCUCGAAGCACUACGUCUAUAUCAUCAACGUAACAUGGUCUGACCUGACUUCCCAGAUCAUCUACCGGAGAUACAGCAAGUUCUUUGACCUGCAGAUGCAACUUCUGGACAAGUUCCCUAUUGAAGGAGGCCAGAAAGACCCCAAGCAAAGAAUUAUCCCUUUUCUACCAGGCAAGAUCCUGUUCCGAAGGAGCCAUGUCCGAGACGUAGCUGUGAAGAGGCUGAAGCCCAUCGAUGAGUACUGCAGGGCGCUGGUUCGGCUUCCUCCUCACAUUUCACAGUGCGAUGAAGUCUUCAGGUUCUUCGAGGCUCGCCCAGAAGACCUUAACCCUCCAAAAGAGGACUAUGGCUCUUCAAAGAGAAAAUCAGUUUGGAUGUCCACUUUGUCUGAGACUCCAAAAAAGAGUGUCACUCCAGGUGCUGAUGCUAGCUCUGAACCCAUGAUCCUGGAGCAAUAUGUGGUGGUGUCCAACUAUGAGAAGCAAGAGAACUCUGAGAUCAGCCUCCAGGCUGGAGAGGUCGUGGAUGUCAUAGAGAAAAACGAAAGUGGUUGGUGGUUUGUGAGCACAGCAGAGGAGCAGGGCUGGGUCCCUGCUACAUACCUGGAAUCCCAAAAUGGAACCAGAGAUGACUCUGACAUCAACACAUCCAAACUUGGGGAAGUUUCUAAGCGGCGCAAGGCUCACCUGAGACGCCUGGACCGGCGAUGGACGCUAGGCGGGAUAGUCAACAGGCAGCAGAGUCGAGAAGAGAAAUAUGUCACUAUCCAGCCGUACGCCAGCCAGGGGAAGGAUGAGAUUGGGUUCGAAAAAGGGGUCACCGUGGAGGUCAUCCAAAAGAACCUGGAAGGAUGGUGGUACAUCAGGUAUCUAGGCAAAGAGGGCUGGGCCCCAGCUUCAUAUCUGAAGAAGGCUAAAGAUGAUCUUCCAUCUAGGAAAAAGAACUUAACUGGGCCAGUGGAAAUCAUAGGAAACAUUAUGGAGAUCAGUAACCUGCUGAACAAGAAAUCAUCCACUGACAAGGAAACUCAAGCAGAAAAUGAGACUGCAGAAACUCACAUCACCAAGAAGGAAAUCAGUUUGCCCAUCCUGUGCAAUGACUCUAAUGGCAAUGCUAUGAUGACUCCAGACAAGCAAGCUUCCAAACUGGCCCAGGGGUCCCCAGCCAUAGCAAGGAUAGCACCCCAAAGAGCUCAAAUAAGUUCUCCAAAUCUAAGAACAAGGCCACCCCCACGAAGAGAAUCCAGUCUGGGUUUUCAGUUGCCCAAACCACCAGAGCCACCCUCUGUGGAAGUGGAAUACUACACCAUUGCAGAGUUCCAGUCGUGUAUCUCUGAUGGUAUAAGCUUUCGUGGAGGACAAAAAGCAGAGGUUAUAGAGAAGAAUUCUGGUGGCUGGUGGUACGUGCAGAUUGGAGAGAAGGAAGGGUGGGCUCCAGCAUCUUACAUUGACAAGAGGAAGAAGCCAAAUUUAAACAGAAGAACCAGUACUUUAACCCGCCCAAAAGUUCCUCCCCCAGCACCUCCCAGUAAACCAAAAGACCCUGAAGAAGGAACAACUCCUGGAACAGUUCCUUUGGGAGAUACCCAGGACUCUCCCCACAAGCUGAAAUACGAAGAACCCGAGUACGAUGUGCCUGCCUUUGGCUUCGACUCGGAGUGUGAAGUGAGUGAAAGUCAUCGUGAAGAGGGCACUCCUGAAAAAAGACUCUUUCAGCCCCUCAAGCCCUCUCCCGUGUCAUCGCUUCAGAAAGCAAAGUUCAAGGCAGGAGAGUCUUCAGAUGAUGUUGCUCACGAAGAAGAGACCAUCUAUGAGAACGAGGGCUUCAGGCGUUACGCAGAAGAUGGUUUGUCCAAUAAAGAAUCUAGUGGAGACUCUGAUUCUCAGAAAAGCUCCUCUCUCUCCUUGAUCCGAAGGAAUUCUCCGUCUUCCAGCUCUCCUAAAUCAUCACUUGUGAAGCUUAAGACAGACAAAAAUAUCCAGCCUGAUCUUGGAAAAUGUCAUUAUUCCAGGAGCGAGGAGACAAAGCCGAGGUCAGCUUCAGACGUCGGCUUACGUAGCGUGCCGCGAGCAGGCAUGAAGAAAGAGCCCGUGCAGAGUCCUUCCAUCAGAGCGAAGCCAAUCGUUAGGCCCAAACCCUUCCUGAGCAAGGCAGACUCUCAGAGCCAAGAAAAGAUGGAUAUCAGCACUUUAAGGCGUCAGCUGAGGCCAACUGGACAACUCAGAGGGGGACUUAAAGGUUCAAGAAGUGAAGAGUCUGAGAGCCCCCCACACACAGCUUCUGAGAACCAAGACGAUCCCGUUAGGAGGAGCUCAGCUGAUCUCAUUACAGCUCCUUCCCGGGGCAUCUUCUGCUCCAGCCAUCCAGCCAAAACUGAGCAAGAAAAUGACUCCAGAUGUUUCUAUGUGACCACUGACUCAUACCAAAAGGUACAGGAUUCAGAAAUUUGCUUCCCAGCAGGAGUGGAAGUGGAAGUGCUGGAAAAGCAAGCGAGCGGAUGGUGGUAUCUGAAAUACGGAGACACGGAAGGCUGGGCUCCUUCCCAUUAUUUGGCUCUCCCUGAUAACCAGCGAGAAACCACAGCAGCAGAGACUGAUGCCUCGUUUGCCAGGAACAGGAAAAACGAAAACAAGUCAAACAGUUUAGAGAAGAUAGAGAAGAGGGUUCAGGCUUUGAACACCAUCAACCAGAGCAAGCGCGCAACGCCGCCCAUCCCAAGCAAACCCCCCGGGGGGUUUUCUAAACCAUCAGGGCCAGUCAAAAUGAGGAAUGGUGUGAGGCAGAUUGCCGUCCGGCCCCAGUCAGUCUUUGUGUCUCCACCACCCAAGGAAAACAACCUGUCGUGCUCCUUGCGCAGAAAUGAGUCUUUAACAGCUACGGAUCAUCUGAGGAACGUCCGCCGGAAUUCCUCCUUCAGCAACGCGUGGGCGCAGCCUGGUGACGCGAAGGGAAAGCAGCCUGAGAAGUCGGGCACUGAGGGCUCGGAGACCACCUCCAACCUCCCCACCCAGAGAAACGGGAUUCCUGUGUCCACAGUCAGGCCAAAGCCCAUCGAGAAAUCCCAGUUCAUCCACAACAAUCUCAAGGACAUCUACGUUUCCAUUGCAGACUAUGAAGGGGAUGAAGAGACUGCAGGGUUUCAGGAAGGUGUCUGCAUGGAGGUCCUCGAAAGGAACCCAAAUGGCUGGUGGUACUGCCAGAUCAUGAAUGGUGUGAAGCCAUUCAAAGGCUGGGUGCCCUCAAAUUACUUGGAGAAAAAGAACUAAUAUUGCAAUAUCCUUUAACCUCUCUAAUUUAUACUGUUCCUGCUGUGUACAUGUGGAAAAAAACCCCCUAAUUGCUACACAAAAAGACGUUUCCCUGUGCUCCAGUCUGUACAAAGGGACAAAGGAGUCUAUGCUGAGGACAAAUCUGCCAUGUUCUGGAGAGGUUUGUGGGGUUAACGUGUCGUGAGGAAGGUGCAGCAUAGUCAAAUGCCUUUUUGUGAAGUUGUUAAUAAUCUUGUCUGUGUAACAGGGUAUAACAUCCCAUCUUUCCCAUUAUUGAUAAGAAACCAAACGUGUGCCUUUCGUGAGAGAGAAAUACACAUGCAUCUACUUGGGGAGUUUGUGCCAAACUGUUUUACAAUCUUGGCUCCCUUUCUCCUCAUUUUUGUCCAUACGUGGAAUACCCAAAAGUUUUGGAUGCGUUUCCACAACUUACAGUGCGAAGUGAAUGGAAGUUUCUGAAACACAGAGGGACUCUAAGCCUUUGGAGAUGCUCACUUUUUUUGUUGUUUUCAACAGUUGGUUGGUCCAGAGUUGGAGCCUUUUCGUCGCAGAGAGAUUUGGUCUCUGACUUCAGAGCUGUGUUUUGUUGUUACUGCCAACUCACCGGAAAAGGCAAUCUGGUGGGGUUGGGUGGGGGCUUUUUGUUUCUUUUCCUUCUGUCUUGUUCUUUGAGUUGGGAUUUCAGGUGUUGUAGGGCAGCAAUGCCUACUGGUGCUUGUAAACACAAACCUACAAACCCCACGCUUAAGCACGUCGGUUACUUCGUAGGCUCCAUAUUUAGUUCGGUGUCUGACUCCUGCCAGGUGAUCUGGUUGAUUCUCUUCCCAGAGCUGGGUUUCUCAAAACUCAUCAUAAUAUCAAAAUGUACAAAAGGUCCUUUAACACACUAAAGACAAAGCUGUCAAAUGUGUUCUGCCUUUGUGAUCCUGGUCCAAAUCCAAGCGUGCUGACUGCUGGCAGGGCCCACCGAGGUAUUAGUUAGAAAUAGCUGUAACCUUCUGCAACAUCAGUGUUUACAAUGGGGGGGAGGGGGGAGAAAGCCAUCAAAUUCAGUCUGCACAUUCUUAAUUUGUAUAUUUUUGGGGAAUUGUUCUUCUGUGUUUUGGUUUUGUCUUCUCUGUGCAUUCUGGAUUUACUUUAUUUUUGUCUUGUUUUACUAGAAGAGACUUAAAACUGAAGCAGGAGCCAAAUAUGUGUUUCUGUUCCCACUUGAAUCCAAAAGAAAGUACAUUGUACUGGAAAGUGUACUCGGGCUUCUUGGGCUCAGAGGUUUAAUAUCAAAACAAUUAGGUCUAGAAUGCAUCUAACCAGGAAGCUGCCUCUUCUAGUUCCAUUUCUGUUAACCUUUCUUAACUCAUGCUUUGAAACGUGGCACACGGUGGGGAUGGUGUGGUGGGAUAUGGAAGAGGUAUCCAUUGGAAAAGGCUAGGAAAAUGGAGUUACUGGUGAGGUAGCCAACUUUUUGUACUGUAAACGCCAUGGGCUAAAUCCCUGCUGUACUUGAGGAAGUCGUGCUUUUUCUGUUUUUUAAUGGCCUUGUUAAUCACUCAAGAUCAAUAUCUAGUUCCUUUAAAUAAUAGGCAGCAUUGUAAAUGUGUUUUAAGGGAGAGGAGGCAGACCAAUUUCACUACUGGUUUACACAAAAUGAUACGUGCCCCUCUUUUUCUUUUUUCCACCAGAGUUUCAUACCAGUUUGGCUUGGAAAGGUGAAGGUUAUAAAGACUUUAAAAUAGCUGGGAUCAAGGAGCUGAGUAAAAUAGCACCACGGUAUCGUGUGUUACUGGGGAUGUUUCUCUGCCAAAAAAAAAUUACACCAUUUACACGUUGUUCUUGUCUUUAUUAUCUUUUGUGUGUGGUUUGGGGUUUUUUGCUAAUGUCCAUGGUAACAUUGAGAGAGUUGCCUCCAGCUAACCUGACUGAUGUCCUUUUGGUAGCUGAAAAAAACACCAUCCAAGCGCCACAACUGGCUAUGAACAGUGCUGUGGUUCGAGCAGCUCUCUGCAUCCAGGUGGGGAGGGAGGCUCUUAGGUUGGGAUUCCUUUGAAUUGUGGUGGCAGGAGAAGGAGGUGUAUCUGCACAACAGCUCCUAUCACAGUGUGCAGGGUCCUCUUUGUACCUUAACGUCUUACCGUGUAAUAUAUAGGUAUAUAUCCAGUUAGCUACAUCUUCCUGGGUGUGUAUCUGAGGCAUUGUGGCCCCGUCUCUCAUACUUCUCCCCAGUUGUAGUUGUACUAAUAUGGUAGCAGCCAUUAAAGACUGCUGGAGCUGUUGUGAGAUUAUAAUAGAAGUAUUAUAUUCUUCUGCUGGACAGUAUUAAAUAGAGCAAUACAUAGAGUUAUCUGCUAGAUUGCAGUACUAAUAGUAGUGACUUAGUGACUCGUAUUAAUGUUGUUAUGAUUUAUUUUAACAAUAAUGAUGCGGAAGUGGUUCAUUAUUUUGAAUUAAUGCACUUUAACAAUAAAAGAAACCAAAAUGGAAGCCAAUGCAGAGAACUAAGUGCAUUAUUUAAAGGUGCAGUAUAUAAUUAUCAUUUUCUUGAAGCACAUAUUUAUUAAGAAUUAACUUAUUUAAAAUAUUCUAAAGUUUUGUUUAAAGACAUUCCCACCAGGUCAUCUCUUUGGGGGGAUGUAAAAGCACAGCUCCCAGAUCUUCUGCAUUGAGCCACUGAAUUCUCUGAGUGUGGUGUGGCAUGACGAGAGCCCCUACCCAGGGAGAGGAGAGCAGCACGCAGAGGACAGAGCCCAGCCUACUAUCAGGCGUUGCGUUUGCACCCAGCAAAGCCGAGCCUGGAGCGCCUCUGAACUGCAGAGUCCUUGCAGGACUUGGAGUGACAGCGCUGGUUUUGGCAGAGGGUUGUGGUGCCUGGCUGCCCUGUGCCUCACAUGAGGUUGGUCCCCAGUGGAUGCAGGUUAGUGUGAGGGCUUCAGGAUCUGCCAGUGAAACACGGGCCAGGUCUGUAGCAGACGUAAGUCUGGCCCCCAAUUCCCUUUGCACCUUGCUGGAUCGCUUGUGCAGCUCUGGCUUUUGCAGGGAGGUGGUUUGCUGAGCUCCAGGCAGCACAGGGGAUGAGGCAGUGAGGGGCCUGCAGUACUGCCAGGGUUUUCUCAAGCUGCAGGCCAGUGUCCUGCGGCUCAAUUGCUCCUUUAGCCCAUCUCAAAAGCUUCAUGGACUGCAAAACCAUGCUCCUGACCUCCCUCCUCCCUCUGCCCCCACUUGCACCAGCCGAAAGGAUGGGAUGCAAAUGACCUACUUGAUGCUAGAAAUGAAUGUGGGCCACUGCCUGGCACGCCAGGCUUCCCACCUGGUGGGAAAGCUCUGGUUUGGGCUUCCCUUUAUUUGGUGGCUGUUUUGAUCACUUGUGUUUGACAGGGCACUUUUAAAGCAAAUACCUCCAGUGCAGUUUCCCCGGUUCCUACCUUACCAUUGUCACAGCAUCUCUCACUGAUCUCUUUUGUUUGGUUGGUUUUGAUUCUUUCCACUGAGAGAUAUCAGGAAAAGGAUUGUCCACCAGUGAGCAGCCAGCUUUGGUUGGCUCCACUGAGACCUGAAAUGGCAAAUCUUUUCCACUGUUACCUGUGAAACAGAGGGAAAGGCCUUAAGCUAAAUCAGAAAAGCUGACUGCAGGGCAGGAAAACCUGGCAGGGUGCCUCAGAGGACAGCAUAGUGCUUAGAAGUGUUUUAGCUCUUUUCUAAAAUGUUGAUGUCGCCUUAAGCUUUAUUUACUAAAUUUGUCAGAACUGACACUGGAUCAAGAGCAAUAUUUAAACGUAACGUACACCUCAGUGAACACUCAAUGCAGAAAUCAAUAGUACUGUUUGAAAUUUCUCUCUGUCUGGUUUACUUGGUGAACCAGACGAAGAGGAAGAGCUCUGCAGGGCUUGGGCAAAGCCGUUUGCAGCUGAAGGGGGCCCUCCUCCGGGGCGAGAGGCGGCUGCUGCCACCGCCUCGCUCUCGCCCGCUGUCCGUGCUUUCCAAAACAAAGUCUUGAAUUUGGACCAGCAGAAAACUCCCAACGCCAGAGAAUCGAAAUUUUAAGAAUGUGAAAAUUGUGUCUUGCUGUAUACUGCAACUUUAAUAAUAAUGAGCACUUCUGAGUUCGUUAUUGAGGUUUAUAUAAUGCCUGACAUGUUUAAUUGCCGGUUUCCCUCGUCUCCCCUUCCCAAAGGCUUUCUCCUAACAGCAAGAGUAUGUUUUUGUUAGCAGCCCUUCCCAGUGGGAGGCAAUUCCUGUCAAUUGUUUCAGCUCUAGUGCCAGUCCUUUUGCAAGCCAGAAAGUCAAGAUAAAAGAUCCACCAGGCGCGUGCCGACAGGAAGCGUUAGAAAUGCACGUGUCCGAUAAUAGCAAAGACACAACAGCGCAAUUGGCUCACGGUCCGACUCUUCAGAAAGUGCCAUUUCAGGCCUACACGGGUAGAGCAACAAAAAAUGGAUCUGGCCCUUGUGGAUCAGCACCCCAAAGCCUCCUUCCAUUGUGAUGAGUUUGACGAAGGCAUUAUAUAAUUGUUUUCAUCACUUUUUCAGAUCUUAAUGAGUCGUAUUUUAUUGUAAUAUAUAUUCAUUGCUUUCCUCAGUUAAAAAGAAAGUUACUGCUUUUAUCUUAUACGAAAAACAAGGGAAUUUGAUAAGGCAUUCAUUAUUUUCAUAAUACUAGUAUUAACAGAAUAGAACUAGUACUAUUUAAUUUUAGAUCUUCAUAGCUAGCUUGUUAAUAACUCAUAUUUCCCUAUGUUGUAUCCUACUAUUUUUUUUCCUAUUUUUCCCAAAUACUCUGCAUUCUUGAGGAAAAAAAAAACAAAUCCAAUGAGUGGAUAAGUGCAAUAUUCAUAGAAUAAACAGGCCCCUCAUCCAGGACUUGGAGUGGAACGUGCAGUGUGAAAUGUUAGCAAUUCUCUAUUCAUGCACUCUUAGGGGAAGGAGAAGUGCAGGGAGAGGGGUGGCUGGAUGAAAACAGGACCCUUGGGUAGGUAGGGACCGAUAGCUGGGGUGGUUUGAGGUGGGAAUUGAUGCUUUUCAGUAAAAAAAGCAUCACCUGUUAUUGAAAGAAUAAGGAUUAUGCAGCAUGUUGCUCGGAUUACGUAUAGAACGGGCAUUGACGUCCUCACCAGUACAAGACUUCUGAGCUAUGCUUGAAACACUCUGUAUGUCACCCAUGCAUGAUACUGUCCUCUGGCAUGUCUCUGCUGGUUGCAUCCUCUGUCAUGCUUCAGAAUCGAUGACAACUUCAGAAAGGAAAAUGAUUCUGCUGGUGCAGUCCCAAGUUCUGAUACUCUAUUGUUACUUGUAUUUACUGCGAGAGCAAUGGAAAUAUUUGUACAGGUCCUUAUUCUUUUUCUUUCCUCAUUGUUAACCUAAGGAAAAAAAAAGUCCCUGUUUUAUCUGGGUUAGUUCUCACCUGCAGAAUUUCAAAGCUGAUUUGGGUGUUGAUUUCAUAUUUCUUGGCUUGCAAAGGCUGAUCUCUCAGGUCCAAAAUAAAGUUGGGCAGAAAGUUUGCUCUUCAAAAGAGGUUUUGUCUUAAAUUCUAUUUGAAUGGAAGGAGAACUUCCAUCUGUCCAAAAUAAUGUGAUUGUCCAGGUGGCAGCAAAAUCUACUACCUUUGAAAAACUGGACGGUUUUCAUUACAUGCAAGGGAAAUGUGAAAGCCAGAGCAUUUGAUUCUCUGAGCUCUGGGAAGUACAUCUCCUGUGGCUCUAGUUUGUGUCCCUGGAGAGGGGAUGUACCUCAGCUUUCUGCUUAGUUUUUGUCCUGCUGUUCUUAAGUUUGUCAAAAAAAGCCUUAAUACUACCAGAGGCCUUUGCAUUCAAACAGGAAAACCUGAGUUCUGCAGCUGUGCUGAAAGAGUAUCAAUUACAAGAGUUUGGAAGACUUCUAAUGGCUUACAAGUGAAUCUGGUUUUGAGGAGCCAGCUUAAUUCUUUCCCGUGCUCUUGUCUAAACUGGCCAGAAGUCCAUGAGCAUCAGUAGAAUUACACUGACAGAAGACCUGCAGUGGAGUGAAGCGUCUUGCGGGCGCUCAGCACAGACAGUCCUCAGUGAAAGGAAGCACCGUGCACUCGGUUCCUGUACCUCCAAGGUGCACGAGGCUGUUGAGUCUGGGUGCUCAAGUGCUAUGAUCCACUUCCCUGCAGGUCUUGCAGCUUUUUAAAACCAACUGGAGCUUUGCUGCUAUUUGCUGGUGGCUUCCCAUCACUGGCAGCUCCUUCUCUGGCAACUUCAGAUGCUAUUUAGCCGUGUAGCAAAGUGCUGUGUAUACGUGCAGCAAUUGAUAGCUGCCAACAGUACCAACAUAAAGGUCUGAGAGCAAAAGUUUGUCUAAGUUAUUUUGUUUUCAUUUGCUUGUAGUUGCUUGGUAGAAGCAGGGCUCACCAACGUGGCGAUGCAUAGGCAAUGUGUCUGCACACUUGAACUGUUUGAUGGUCUCUGCUAGCUUUGCCCAGUGUUUGUGUUUCUCUUUCUCUCUCUCUGUGCUGCUCAGUGGUCACGUCUGUUGUGUGUGGCUCUGAUAUUCAAAUAAAGUACUGUACAUAGGGCUGGAUCCAGAAGCCCCCACAGUCAGUUGGCUUUGGGUUGCCAUGUAGGUUGCCGUUGCUGCUUUUCCUCCUCCAUCUUUGACCCAACUUGAAGCAAAGCACAGACGUCUGUAGGAAAUCACCCAUAACUCUACUUCAGGGUGUCAGUUUUGUGGUGUGUGCAUGUAUUGCCAAGGGUGGAACGAGGGGAUCUUUUUUUCUUGGGUGCCCUCACACAAGGACUUGGGGCUUCUGGAGUGAGAGCUGAACUGCACGUGCAUAGGCAGAACGAGUUAGUUUCUCCCAUUUUAUUAUGUCAGGGCUGGGCUGGUCCCAUCAACAAUGUUCUACAUUUGUUCUUGCAUCAAGGUAGCAUUGAUUCUAGUUGAAGAGUGCAAUUUUUUUUUUGGUUUGUGUUUUUUUUUAAGUAAAUAAAUUUGGUGUAAAGCUUCACACUGGCGUUUUACAGACCUGUUCUUGUCGGCAUAAGCCACUACUGUCCUGAGUUGAGACUCCUGUUUGUUGCUGAAUCAGAAUAAUGGGAAUUAUGAUGCUAAUUGGGAAAGAAAUGAGAGGUAACUAUAUUGGCAAGGGAGAGAGAAAUAAAAUACAAGGGAAAAGAUGUUUCUAAUAAGGCCGUAAAUUAGUGGGCCCGACACUGCAGGUGCUUUCUCUGUGUAGGUGGUUUUAAUAUGUCACUGCUCUGUGUUGGGGUUUUCAUUAUUGAGAAAAGUUGAGUUUUUUUCACUCUGUGGUAUGCUAUGACAAUCUGUAUCCUGAAGCCAAUGAUCCACCAUGAGAAGACAAACAUGUCUGUUGUAGCUGAGGCAGUCUGUAUGUUCUGAGAGUUUGCGUGCACCAAGGUUCAGCUAAUGGAGCAGGCAAAAGUGGCUGCUCCAGGUCUGCCCACAUUGGCGCUCUGUGAAACAACCCUGCACUAGUGGCACUUGUGGGAGAAAUGGUUUGGUGAUCUUUUCCCUGAUGCUCAGGGUUAUUUGGUUACAAUGGUACCCGUCUGUCUUGGUCCCUGCUUGGUUGAGGAGAACAACAGAGGGGAGGGAGAAUCACUUGGCACUGCAGGAGAAUUUUUUAAGUACAACCUUUUAAUAUUAAAUAUUUCAGACUGCUCCAGAUAUUCCCCUUCAAAGCUGUGUUAGUGGCUUUGUAUUUGAUGUCUGAAAUGUGGCAGCUUUCUCUGUGCAAACAGUUCUUUUGUGGCUUAAGAACUUGAACUGCUUUUGGGUCACCAGGGAAGUAGUAAUAAAGAAACAAAAUCCCGUAACUGGAGUUUAGACCAGGGGAGCAUCAAAUUCUGUUCUGCCUCUGGGGGUCCCUCUGAGCACCAAGAUUCGGUUUGUUUCCAUCCUUAGAAUCAGGACAGAAGAGAACAGUGCAGUCACUGGAACUUAGCCUGCAGCAAUUAGAGAAGUGAAACAAAUGAAACAGGAAUUAAAAAUAAACCUUUUUUGAAAAAUGAAAUAGUUCAGUGAAUAGCUGACUUAACUGUUUCCUGUCUUGGAUUUUCAGGGGGCAGGGAGGGGGGGAAGUUAUAAUUAUUUCCAGUCUCUAGGAGGAAUUUUUCUGCAGCAUGCUGAGUAGGCUUGCUGAAAAGACUUGCUCAUUACUUGUGAUGAGUUCAAACCUGGAGUAUUGCAAAAGCAAAGCGUGUGUAGCAUUACAAUGACUCUUUUGUACUGAGGGUCCAAACUGAGUAUUGUGGGGUCAAUAAGCAUACAGAGACAGUGCAUUUCUGCUGGCUGGCAAACUCCAAAUCAGUGCCCUUCUUUUAUUAUGGAUUUCAUUGCAGACAGCAGUGCUUCCUACUCUGCUUGCAACGUUUGGUGACAAGCAGAUGACCCUCCUCAGUUAAGACUCUGUAUCAAAUUUCAUGUCAGGAGAAGUCUUCCCAGCACUUUGAUGGCUGCUUGGGCUGAAGUUUAGAUGCAGGUAACUCGAGGUGGCUGUUGAAAGCAGCUCAGUUGGGUGUGUACAUCUGUAGCUGUUAAUUAGCCCAAAUUAUCUCUAGAAAUGGUGGGCAAUCAGUUAUUGGGAGCCUAAAACUGUUGCUGAAUAAAGGCUGAAAUGUGAGCAGUUGUGCUCCCCUCUUAGCAGAGCAAUUGCACGUGUCUGACCUGGAAACCCUGAUGGGUUUUGCUGGCCCAAAUUUGUAUCUGGAAAAAAACCAAUAUCCAUCUAGGCCUGAUCUAAGUGAGGUUUUGUAGUGAGUUUCCUGAAUGGUUGAUGUUCUUAAUUUGACCUUGAGUAUUAGAUCCUGUUGUAAUUUCUGUGUUGGUGUAGCACUCCAUUUUCUAGUGGUUAGGUGGUGGGAAUGUACCUGGUAGGAGCUUGGGGGAGAGUAUGUCGGUGACCAGAGAUAGAGAAAUGUGUGGCUGGUCUUAGUGUGUGUGGUCAAGUUGGUGAUGCUUUUUUUUUGGUCUUUUGUUUGUUUGUUUACUUUUUAACAUGGGAACCAUUCUGUCUGUUCUGCUUGGGAAAAGGUCUAGAGCUUGGUGUGGUUUCUGUUGCAGUGUAUAUGAGAAGGAAUAACUGAGAGCUUUUUUUUUCUUUUAAGAAAGCUUAUGGGCAGGAGUCUAGUUUGGUUUGGGUUGCAAGUUAAGCCAAGAGAGGAAGAAAAUGAGUCUGGGGAAACUCCUUUUUUUGUGGUAAAAGCUUUGGAUCAUAUUUUCUUAUGGCCUUGAACGCAGCCUCACUGCAGGUAGUGGAGUCGAUAUUGUUCAUCGUACAGCUGUUAGAGCUUUUGGCUGAGUAUUAAUUCUUUCAGAGCUGACAGGUAUUUUGACAUUCGUGGCAUUGCUCCUUAAUGUACCUAUAGAAAGUGUGAGCUAGAGACAGAAAUAGUAACUGCAGGCUCACGUGUUGUCCAAUUUGUGUAAUGAUGGUGACCAGUUGGAUAAAACUGUUUGUACAGGGAACAGCUCCUGCAAGGGUCCAGAUUUGCUUGAGUCUCUUCAAGAUGCUUUCCUAGAAAAAGAAAUCACGUGCAUGACAGAAAAAUUUGCCUUUCUCAGUCAUCCCAGUAAAACUGAAACACAGACAAAUGACAUCUUUUGCCCUUAACAGUACCUUUGGCCAUUGAUGGCAAGUUACUGUUAAUGAGAGGUCAGACACCUCAGUCUGUCUGAACUGCCACAGUACACGAGGCCUUUUUGUAACCAGUCCCAGAGUCUGCAUGUAAACAUGGUAAAUCUAAACAGAUUAGAGUACUAGUUAAUGAAGAUAAGCAACUCCUCUAUGGGCCAAGACAAAAGAUGCAUUACCAGUGGGAUGACAUAGGUCUCCUUUUUGCCAAGUGAUCCUGCAGAAGUGUCUCUCAGACUUUAGCACAGACCAGCUGGGGGCCUGAGGUGCUUUGAGGACACAUACGGUAUGGUAGGCCUGGUUCUGUCAUUGGGACAACAGAAGUGCAUCUCUGUCCUAGUGAGAAUUAAGGAAGUUAUCCCAGCACAAUGUUUUUCAUUUGGAUGUGACAGUGGCGAGGGGAAACAGCUGCACAAAGUGUGAUCUUCCCCCUAAUCCAGACCCUAUGUGACAUUAGUGCACAGUCCAGAACUGGCUUCAGAGCUGUCCUCAAUGGUUAUGUCAUAGGUCAAGUGCAGUAAGUGGGCGGGUAAACAUCACCAGGUCAGCCUGUGUCAGCUCAUGUCACAGGUGUGACUGUGUCAGGGUUUUUCUGCCCUCUGCAGGACAGGGGCUGCACUUGGGACUGCCCUUUUCUCCAUGACUACCAAAUGACUACCUGCGUGCUCAGAGUUAAGAUUUGGAGUUUUCCCCUUAGAGCAACAGGUUCUGAAGCAGUGAAGUAACAAGAAAUGUUUGUUUAGGAGAUUUUAACCAUGUCUGUACCUGUAAAGGUGAAAACUCUGCAUGGGUCUCUCAACAGGGAAUGAGAAACACAAAUUGUCUUGGGCAAUUGUGCAUGUGAAGAUGCAGAGCAAAAAGUUCAGACUGUUGUGCCUAAAAGUAGAUCUUGGCGUUUCUUUUCAGGCAUUUAUUAGAACUGGUCUUAUCUUAGAGUUGAACAACGUUUAAUAAUGGUUAACUAAGAUUGCUUAAAACCUCCUGGAGGAAAAGGCAAAUUGAGUUCUGGAUACUUUUAGAGGUGGAAGUUGCAAUAAAUGUAAAAUAUUGCCAGGUGCUGCAUGAACUUCUUUUUUUUCCCCAAAGAUUGUCACAACCCUUGUGACUGUAUAUCCUGGCCCACACUAGUGCUGCGGCACAGCAGCUGGGUAGUGACACCUCUGCAAAAAGCCAUAGCCAUGUGGUGGGCAUGAGCAUAUUGGAAAAGACAAGCCUGAGAAGGGCCUGGAGUAAACUAUAUGCUUGAUAAAAGAGCUCCUGAUUUGGGCAGGCCCUGGGGAGGGUGUGGAGGACUGCCAGGGGUUCGAGGGCCGUCUUCUCAGAGUUACCACAAGUUCUUGCGAUGUGACCCUCUAACGCUUUCGGAGACUCAGGCAGAAAGGACUCGCUAAACAGACUGUACCUGUCAUCUCCCAGUUCAUUGAUUGCUUGGACCAAAGGUGGUGCUAAAUCUGAUCUUUAUCUGUAAUAUUUAUAUUUUGUUGGACUCUUUUUUUGUAGUGUUUGAUAAAACAGAUGCAGUGUCCUUCUUACAUGAGAAACUUAGUCCCGACUUGGGACACGGCAAAGCUCACAGGGCCUUCAGGGCCCAGAGUUGUUGCUUGUUAACAUUUGAACAGGCUUGCAGUGUUCUGGGGGGAGGUGGGAAAAGGGUACUCUAUCUUCAAAUGCUUGCAGACUGUAAGAAUUGACUUGUGAUUUUUGUCUGUUUGUUUGUUGGUAUUUUGUUUACAUUGCCUCUUAUGCCCUAAGGAAAAAUA